UUACCUUGCCUCCAUUUAAUUAAUUGACUGUCAAUUUCAUGUUACUUCUACAAUUCUAACGUAUAGUGAUUUGAAUCAGUCCCAAGUUCAGGAAAAUAGGACAAAAACCAAAAUAAAACCCAGAAAGUCUUGUUGAGGCAAUACGACAAACACCUUGAGAUCAAUAUCAAGGAAAGGCAAACAAAUACGCUGUUGAGGAAUGACCGAUCUUAUAUAUAAAAAAUAUACAUAGAAAAAAAAGAAGCAUGGCGAGAUUUCAAUAAGCUAUAAACGAGUACAUAUAAAAAAAUGCUUAAUUUAAUAUAAUCAAUGAUCUCGUGUUUAUUUGAUUAUAUAUUAUCGACAAAUAUUCUUAUAUCCCAAACCUAAACCCGCCCAACCCGUGACCCAUCCAGAAUAAAAUAUCAUGUUCCCACGCGUUGGAUUCCAUGGUCAUUGUCGGCUCCAAACUUUUUGUCUUUCUUAGUUUCUUUGCAAAAACCAUUUCAACUUUAGAGUACAUGCUAAAUAAAAGCUGAUACCAGAUCUUUUCUAGCAUCUCCAUUAAAUUCUCCUCCUAGAGAAGCUUUAACUCUCUUCAACUCAAUGCCCGUAGUCCAUCCCUUGUAUAGUCAGGCUCCCAAUGAAGGAAGUCUUAUCACAAGAAGUUUCUGAUAUCUUAAUGUCCUUCCUUUGAACUCUGCCUGCCAUCCUCUACCGGUCUACCAGAUCCAAGAAAUUUCUAUUUCUGAAACCUCAUUUUCCUACCAAUCACAACUGAUGUCAUACUCUCUCAAAGUAAGGUUUAUGAUUCGAAAGUUCAGAUGUGGUAAAAAUGUAUAUGCUUUUAUGCUUCCAAAAGUUAUUACUUUUGCAAGAGUCAAUAAAAUUAAUCUAUAAACUACCCAAAACGUAUCUUUCAUCUAACCCUGCAAUAGUGUCCGUAAGUUUCGAAGCAAUAAUUUGGUACUGAAAUGCUUCUGAACUUCUUACUUGUGGUCAUCCUCUUCCCUUCUUGUUAUUCCAUUGGCGCCAUAACCACCAGUCAGUCCCUCAGGGACGGCAAUAUUUUAGUCUCCCAAAAUGGAACCUUUGCAUUAGGAUUUUUCAGCCCCGGCAACUCUAAGUAUAAAUAUGUUGGCAUUUGGUAUCAUAAACUACCAGGACAAACCGUGGUAUGGGUGGCAAAUAGGAACAAUCCUAUUAAUGAUUCGUCAGGAGUCCUCUCUAUAAGCUCAGACGGAAAUCUUGUUCUCUAUGAUAAAAAUGACAGAAGAUUUCCUUUGUGGUCUACCUCUGUUUCGAUGGAAAGAACAGAGGAAUAUGUAGCUCAGCUAUUAGAUUCAGGAAAUCUGGUUUUGGUCCGAAAUGAAAGUAAAAAAAUUGUUUGGCAAAGCUUUGAUCAUCCCACUGAUACAAUGCUUCCAGGUCUGAAAAUUGGUUUGAAUCGGAAGAUCGGCCUAGACCGAUUGCUAACGUCGUGGAGAUCAGAGGAUGACCCUGGAACCGGAGAUUGGUCUUACAAACUCAAUCUUAAUGGCUAUCCUCAGUUCUUUUUGUACAGGGGUUUAAAGCGAAUUUGGAGAAGCAGCCCAUGGCCUUGGGAUCCUGCACCAAUGCCUGGUUAUUUGCCUACUUCUGCUAACAAUCAAGAUGAGAUAUACUACACUUUUCUCUUGGAUGAUGACUUCCUUCUUUCAAGAAUUGUGGUUAAGAACUCUGGAGUGAUCCAAAGGCUUACUUGGGACAAUAUUGCCAGUCAAUGGAGAGUCUCCAGGUCAGAACCUAAGUACAUGUAUGGACACUGCGGUGCAUAUAGUAUAUUGAACUCUAACAACCUUGAUAGUCUUGAGUGCAUGUGCCUGCCAGGGUAUGAGCCUAAGUCCUUAAAGAAUUGGUAUCUGAGAGAUGGUUCUGCUGGGUGUGUAAGGAAGGGAGAGCAAACUGCCUCAAUGUGCAGAAAUGAAGAAGGUUUUGUUAAAGUAGAGCGUGUGAAGAUUCCUGAUACUUCAUUAGCAGCUGUGAUGAACACAAGUUUGAGUAGCACAGAGUGUGAACAACUGUGCUUGAGGAAUUGCUCCUGCAAAGCAUAUACAAGUUUGGAUAUUGAAAGGAAAGGCUUGGGCUGCUUGACAUGGUAUGGGGAGUUAAUGGACACGGUGGAGUACACAGAGGGACGUGAUAUAUAUGUUCGUGUUGAUUCAGUAGAAUUAGCUGAGAUUACUAGGAGAAAAGGAGGUUUUCUGAAAAGGAAGGGCAUGGUGGUCAUUCCAAUAUUAUCAGCUGCUCUCAAUCUUUUCCUCGUUAUCCUAUUUGCCUAUUUUUGGGGAAGGAAGAGGAAGAAAAGAAAAGUGAAGAAGAAAUGGACCAAAAGGUUACUGUCCACAGUGGUGGGAGAUGAACCUUUAGAAAGCAGACAGCCUCCAGAUAUGCCAUUUUUUGAUCCAUACAUCAUAUUGGCUGCCACAAACAAUUUUAAUCCAGCCAACGAACUUGGACAAGGUGGUUUUGGCUCAGUGUACAAGGGCAUGCUAUCUGAUGGGCGGGAGAUUGCUGUAAAAAGAUUAUCCCAAAGUUCAGGACAAGGGUUAGAAGAAUUCAAAAAUGAAGUCAUGUUGCUUACAAGGCUUCAACACAGGAACCUUGUGAAACUUCUAGGAUGUUGCAUUGAAGGAGACGAACAAAUGUUAAUAUACGAGUACUUGCCUAACAAAAGCAUGGACUACUUUAUCUUUGAUGAGAGAAGAUCAGUCUUGGAUUGGAGAAAACGCUUUGAUAUUAUAGUUGGAAUUGCUCGAGGAAUCUCAUAUCUUCACCAUGACUCCAGAUUGAAAAUUGUACAUAGGGAUUUGAAAACCAGUAAUGUAUUAUUGGAUGCUGAUAUGAAUCCCAAAAUUUCGGACUUUGGCAUGGCUAGAAUAUUGAAUGGCGAUGAUAUUCAGGACAGAACUACUCGAGUGGUUGGAACAUACGGUUACAUGGCACCAGAGUAUGCCACUUUUGGAAAAUUUUCAAUAAAAUCAGAUGUCUUUAGUUUUGGGGCCAUACUGUUAGAGAUUAUAAGUGGCAAGAAGGUGAAUUCUUACUUUCCGGAGGAUCCUUCACUGAAUUUGAUAGCAUAUGUCUGGGAUUUAUGGAGAGAAGAUAGAGCUUCGGACAUAAUCGAUUCAACGUUAUUAACAGAGUCAUGUCUUCUUCGACCUCAAGUAUUCAGAUGCAUUCAGAUAGGAUUAUUGUGUGUGCAAGAAGAUGCAACAGAUCGACCCACUGUGUCAACUAUUGUUCUCAUGUUAAAUGGUGAAGCUGCCCUUCCUUAUCCAAAACAACCAGCAUUCAGUUCAGGAAGAAAAUGUAAUUGUCAGAAUCCAUCAAAUUCAAGAGCAGUAAAUUGUUCUUUAAAUGAGGUGACAAUCACAGAGGUUGAAGCCCGCGGGACUUCAAAAUCAACAAGGAACUUGGUGUACACCGUUUGGAGGCAAAUCAUGGCUACUCAAAAACUGCUUCUUUCUCUUUGUUCUUUCUUUCUAGUAUUCACAUUUGCCAACUCUAAAAGCACCGUUACCAUAAACCAAACCAUCAUAGAUGGCAACCUUUUAAUCUCUGAAAACAACAAUUUUGCCUUGGGAUUUUUCAGCCCUGGCCAUUCAAAAUAUAGGUAUCUUGGAAUUUGGUUCCACAAAGUGUCACAACAAACAGUGGUGUGGAUAGCAAAUAGGAACAACCCCAUUAAUGGUUCUUCUGGAGUUCUGUCAAUUAAUCCACAUGGAAAUCUUGUUCUUUACAGAGAUCAAGAUCAAAACUUUCCAGUUUGGUCUAGCAAUGUUUCUAUGGAAGGAACUGGAAAUUUUGAGGCCCAGCUGUUGGAUACAGGAAAUUUUGUUUUGGUACAAGGUACUGGUAAAAUAAUUGUAUGGCAAAGCUUUGAUUAUCCGACAAAUACUCUGCUACAAGGAAUGAGAUUGGGGUUGGAUAAGAAAAAAGAUAUGGACUGGUAUCUAACAUCGUGGAAAUCAGCUGAUGAUCCUGGAAGUGGAGAAUAUUCGGUUAGGUUAAACCCAAAUGGGUCACCACAGUUCUUUCUUUAUAGAAAGGGAAAGCAUUACUGGCGAAGCGUCCCAUGGCCAUGGAGAACAAUUGCAAAUAUUUACAAUUACACUUUUCUCAACACAAAAGAUCAAAUUUACUUUACUUUUAAUUACAGUGAUCCUUCUCUUAUAAUAAGAACGAUGAUUGAUGAAGCUGGAUUUAUGAGAUGGUCAACAUGGCAUGGAACUGAUGAUCGAUGGAAAGAGUUCUGGUCAGCACCUAAGUAUAGGUGUGAAUGGUAUGGAUUGUGUGGUGCUAACAGUGAGUGUGACCCAAACAAUGUUAAUACAUUUGAAUGUGCUUGUUUACCUGGGUAUGAACCUAAGUUUCAAAGGGAUUGGCGUUUAAGGGAUGCAUCAGGUGGGUGCGUUAGGAAGCGAUUAGAAUCUUCAUCUGUGUGUGGGCAUGGAGAAGGAUUUUUGAAGGUGGAACAUGUUAAAGUUCCUGAUACUUCUGCAGCGGUUUGGGUUCAUAUGAGUAUGAGUCAUUUAGACUGUGAACAAGAAUGCAAGAGGAAUUGUUCAUGUUCUGCUUAUGCAAGCAUACCCAUUGCUUCCAAGGGAAGUACUGGUUGUUUGACAUGGCAUGGAGAAUUAAUGGACAUAAUAAAUCUUUCAGACAAUAGCGGCUAUGACCUGUAUGUUCGUGUUGAUGCACUUGAAUUAGCUGAGGAGGACCUAAGGAAAUCCAACAGAUUUCUUCAAACAAAAGGAGUGCUGGCUGUUGUGAUACUGUCUUUCAUAUCAGCAUGGCUCGUUAUCUUUGUGUUUAUCUAUUUCUGGUUCUGGAAAAGGAGAAGAAUUGGGACAAGGAAGAGCAGAUUGAAUAAGAAGAUAUUUGAUUCAAAUUAUUAUGAAGACUCUUUUAGGGGAAGUAGGAGUGAACCAGACUUGGUGGUCUUUGAUCUCAACACAAUACGUGCUGCCACUAAUAAUUUCUCUGCGGAUAACAUACUUGGACAAGGUGGUUUUGGCUCUGUUUACAAGGGUCAGCUAUCUAAUGGACAGGAGAUUGCAGUAAAAAGAAUGUCCAAAAAUUCAAGACAAGGAACUGAAGAAUUUAAAAAUGAAGUUAUAUUGAUUGCAAAGCUUCAGCACAGGAAUCUUGUGACACUUAUAGGUUGCUGCAUUCAUAAAAAAGAACAAAUGCUCGUAUAUGAAUACUUGCCAAACAAAAGUUUGGAUUCAUUUCUUUUUGAUCAAACAAGAAGAUCGUUUUUGGAUUGGGAAAAGCGGUUGAAUAUUAUAGUUGGAAUUGCUCGAGGGAUCUUAUACCUCCAUCAAGACUCAAGAUUAAGAAUCAUCCAUAGGGAUUUAAAAAGCAGCAACAUUUUAUUAGAUGCUGAGAUGAAUCCAAAAAUAUCAGAUUUUGGCAUGGCAAGAUUAUUCCAAUGUGACCAAAUUCAAGACAAGACGAACAGAGUUGUCGGAACAUAUGGCUACAUGUCACCAGAGUAUGCAGUAUUUGGAAAAUUUUCAAUCAAAUCUGAUGUAUUCAGUUUCGGGGUCAUAUUAUUGGAGAUCAUAAGUGGCAAGAAGAGCAAUGGCUUUAACGUAGAGGAUCAUAACUUGAGCUUGAUAGGGCAUGUGUGGGAGUUAUGGAGAGAAGACAGAGCAUUGGAGAUAGUUGAUUCAUCACUAAAGGGUUCUUAUGAUCCUCAAGAAGCUCGGAAAUGCAUUCAAAUUGGUCUCUUAUGCGUGCAAGAAAAUGCAGUGGACAGACCUUCUAUGUUAGCAGUUGUUCUAAUGUUGAAUAGUGAAAAAGAUCCUCCUCCUCCUAAACAACCUGCUUUCAUUUUCAGGACACCUUCCUAUAAUGAUACCAACUCAAGAGCAGGAGACGGAUCGUGUUCUGUAAAUGAAUUGUCAAUUACUGCUGUUGGCACUAGAUAGCUUUUAUUUAUGUAGGAUUAAUCAGUUUAUGAUAUUUUAGUUGAUUUUUUUUCUUUGUACAGUAUUUCUAAUAAUAGUUUUGACCAAGUAAAUGAAGAAUUCUUUUUAAUUUUUUA